UUGCGCACGGUUCAGUGGUAGAAAAACUAGGAGGAAUCGUCCAUUUCCAGUGUAGUCCGAGAUCGUUCCUGUCCGACUCGAAUAUAUCAAAUAAACAAAAAGGAAUCCUCAAAGAAACAAAGAAUAACUCGUGAAACCAGAAGAAAUUGUGCAAUAAUUAAUUACAAAAUAGAGACAAAAUCCAGUUAAAAUUGUAACCAGAAUCUCGCCGAGAAUAAACAAAGUUCCCCACCAAUACACACACAAAACACACACAACCAACACAAUGAGUGUCUGUGAGAGCAAAGGCGUUGUGCAACAACAGUUGCAGCAGCAGUUGCACCAACAGGCCGCCGCCGCCGCAGUAGCUGCUGCGGCUGCCGUGCAGCAGCAGCAAGCUCAGGCUCAAGCGCAGGCGCAGCAACAGGCCCAAGCACAGGCUCAAGUCCAAGCGCAGCAAGUCCCACAGGUGGUGGUGCCCCAGCAGCACCUCACACCGCAGCAGCAGCAGCAAAGCACACAGAGCAUCGCCGACUAUUUGGCCCAGUUGCUCAAGGAUCGCAAGCAGUUGGCCGCCUUCCCCAACGUCUUCACCCACGUCGAACGUCUGCUGGACGAAGAAAUUGCACGCGUGCGCGCCUCUCUGUUCCAGAUCAAUGGGGUUAAGAAGGAGCCGCUGACACUGCCCGAGCCCGAGGGCGCUGUGGUGACGAUGAACGAGAAGGUCUAUGUGCCAGUGCGUGAACAUCCAGAUUUCAACUUUGUCGGUCGCAUUUUGGGGCCUCGUGGCAUGACGGCCAAGCAAUUGGAGCAGGAGACCGGCUGCAAGAUCAUGGUCCGCGGCAAGGGAUCCAUGCGCGACAAGAAGAAGGAGGACGCCAACCGCGGCAAGCCCAACUGGGAGCAUCUGUCCGAUGACCUACAUGUCCUGAUAACCGUCGAGGACACCGAGAACCGGGCCAAGGUCAAGCUGGCCCAGGCUGUUGCCGAAGUUCAGAAGUUGCUUGUGCCGCAAGCCGAAGGCGAAGAUGAGCUAAAGAAACGUCAACUUAUGGAAUUGGCGAUUAUUAACGGCACUUAUAGGGACACAACAGCGAAAUCUGUCGCAGUGUGCGAUGAGGACUGGCGCCGCCUGAUGGCUGCCUCGGACAGCCGCCUGCUGACGCCCGCCGGCCUGCCCGGCCUCGCCGCCCAGAUCCGUGCUCCCGCCACCGCCCCAUUGGGCGCCCCAUUGAUCCUGAAUCCCCGGAUGACCGUCCCGACCACAGCGGCCAGCAUACUGUCCGCCCAGGCCGCACCCACUGCCGCCUUCGACCAGACCGGCCAUGGAAUGAUUUUCGCCCCGUAUGGCGACUAUGCGAACUACGCCGCCCUUGCCGGCAAUCCUCUGCUCACGGAAUAUGCUGAUCAUAGCGUUGGUCGAUAUAUGCAUGCCGGCUCCGUCUUUUGAACUUCUCUCUCUCACUCUCUAUUAUUUUCCCCCUGAAAAACCAACAACAAAAGCAGAAACUAAAUUUAGAGAAAAGAAAAAUCCAUUUAAAAAAUGUUUAGCAUAAAGUUACAGUUACACUGAAACAAAAGAAAAUAUAUACACACACAUGAAUGUAUAGACUGUAUAUAUACAAUUUUAUAUUAACUUAGAGACAAAACCAUAAAAGUAAAACGGCACAAAGGAACAAACAAGAACAGAUAGAAAAUACUCAAUGAAAAAUUAAAUCGUACAGAAGGAAACCAAUCAAAAGAACAAUUUUACAAUUUUACGAUUAUUGCUCGCCAAUGAAUUUGUUUUUAUACAAUUAAUUGCAAUAUUCAUCUGUAGUUGAUAGUUAAUAGGUGGCAAUAGGUCUGCAAAUAUGCAAUAUUGGCAAAAAUAAGUGAUUUUUAGGCCCUUAAUUAGUAGUUGUUUUUAAUCUUAACUUUAAUUCUAACUUAAAGUUUCUGUAAUUCCCCCCGACACACGUUUUUAAAUGAGUAUAUUCUAGUUGAGAACAACAACGACGGCAGCGGCAACCAAAGCAAGUUGUUGAUUUUCGUCUUUGGAUCCCAUGAGUAUUCAAAUUAAAGAGGGCUAAACUGUCAACUGAUAGUUGCUGAUUUAACGAUUCGUUUUUAUCAAUACUUUCCCUUCUGAACAAAAAAAAAAAACCCUUCUUGUAAUUUCGCGGUAUAAGGGUCGAGUGUUAAGUGCAAUUUAGAUUUGUAGCUGUAUUUUUUUGUUUGUAUCUAUGUAGUUAUUUUAGUGAGUGUUUGCGAAAGGGGGGACAGUAUUUAUGCACAAAUGUACCUUACAUAUAGAGAGAUAGGAAAUCCGUUUCAAUUUUUCCAUCCAGUGCCAUUUCUCGAAAAACAAAACAUAUUUUGCAGAGAAUGGCGACCGAACAGGGACCGUUCUUCAAAAUAUAUACAAACACUAGAGUAUCUAAACCUAUUACUUUGAAACGGAAAGGAGCCUUGAAUCGAGUUGGUGCUUAAUUAUUAUUAUUUCAAAUAUAUGUAUUUAAGUUAGUCGAGGCUCUCCGGCAGCCGUCCAGGAACAGAAAUUGAAUGCACGACUAGUCAGCAAGCUGGAAGAUCAAAUUGCUUAAGGAACAAUUGUAAACACAAACACAAUCAAUCUUGUCUAGAACGUAAUGAUUACCGGGAGUACUUUAUCUCCUAGGUCUAGGCUAAGCGGCUUGAAAAUCACUUAUUUUGUGUCCAACUCGAAACCAGAUCCAAUACUAUAUAUAUCGAAUUCAUAGUUACCCACAACACGCACAUAUAUAAACGACUCAUUCCAAAGAAGCAGAGAAUUUAAAUGUUACAAAGUAAAAGUGAAUACACGAGUACGAACAUGAAAUGAAAGAACAGGUGAAGAUGAUUUUCCCUCUCAGUUGGCAAUUGGCUUGUAAGCAAAAGUUCCAGCAGCAAGGCAGCAGCAAGCUUCAGUUUGAGCAAGCAUAUUGUAUCUCUAAGGAAGAUAUAUAAAUUAUAUCUACUAGCUCCUAAGACGUAUCUUGUAGCGAAUAUAAUGUUCACAUUAUUUAAACAUAUAACCGAUAUAUGCCUAUAUACAAACCCAUAUCUACAUGUAUCGUAUCGUAUAUUUUAGUAGGCGCCAUUAAGCAGCAGCGUCGUUUGGCGGCUAACAGAGAACAUCCCUAUCAGCGAGCAACGGUCGGAGUGCCAGCCAAGCCGGCGGGUUUCAUUGAGAUACAGUAAAAGUCGCCAGCAUGAACAGCAGAAACCUAAAUCAGAGAGCACUCACCCUUUUUUUUUUUAAAACAAUCAUCACCAGCAACUGUAACAGAAAACUUUUUAUCAAUAAUUGUCGUGAAAGAAACGGAAAUCGUACGAUUUUUGUGCGUUGGGUCGUCUGCCCAGCUAUAGAUUGCGUUCAACCAAUCAAUUUAGUUCAAUUAUGUCAACUUCAGCUCCUUAUUUAUUUCGAAAUGAAUCGUUCGAGUCUGCUGCUCUUAAUGAAAUCCAUAAUAUCCGCCCCGCACUGUAUACCCGAUGAAACCUGACCGGAACCGUUGGCCAGGCCAGGCCGCUCUGCCCUGAUCAGAGUUCGAAAAGAAUUGUCAAGCGCCGCACCGCCUCCACAGCACACUACCAACACCACCAAUGACACCAUUAAACUCUCCAACCAACCCGCUCCUCCAUCCGCCAUGAAUCCAUCCACGCCUGCCAUAGACGAGCACGGACGCCGAGCAGCAGCUGCAUCCUAGCCAGGCCAAUAUCAGAGCCAUGUGUGUGCGUGUGUAUGUGCAUCCAUCUGAAGCUAACCAGAAACUGUAACCAGAAAAAAGAAAACUGAAAACCGAACACACUGAGCAACAUGUCACUGACACAACAACAGCUACUAAACUCGCUCCUGACACCUGAACUCUGACCCAUUCGCCACAUCAACAACACCCAGCAGCAGAUGCAGCACUUAAUGGACAGCAGUAGCAGCAGCAGCAGCAAAGAACACCAGCAGCAACAUCAGUAUGUAUUGAAUCUUGUGGCCAUUAAACCGUUAAGUUUUGCCAGCAAACAAAACUAAACAAAGUAAGCGAAAAGCAAAACAAUUGAUAAGAGAAUCAAACAUAGAACUUAGUUUAAUUAACAUAAUCUAAUGGAAAAUACAAGUUAGUUCUUAGUGAAAAGUUCAACGAACAAAAACAUACUUAAAGCAAACGCACACACAUAUAUAUUUAUAUAUAUUAUAAUAUGCAUAUACAAUUCUGUAUAUAAUAAUCCCAAUAAACCCCUUAAUCGAACUAAAGAAUAUUAUGUUAACGGAAUCUCAUCCAAGAAACUCUAUACAAGCAAGCAUAAAAAAAAAAGAAGCUGUUUUUAUUUUUUUUUUUAAAGCGCUCUUUUAACUCAAAUUAUGAAUCUUUUACUAGAUGAACGUUAGUUGUUUUCCCUCUCCCCUGAUCAUUGUGAACCCCCAGAGACUAGGCGACGGCUCAACUCAUUAUUAUGUCGGGCAACGAUCUUGUGCCGUCUUUUUUAAAGUAAGCGUAAAGCCUAUUCUAUUUUUUGUUAAACUGACGCAAGCUCUUGUUAAUGAAGUAUUCUUUGAUUAUGUUACAUAUCUAUACCAGCUCCACUCCGGUCUGAUUGUGUGAAAAGAGAGAGAGAGUGGGGGCGAGAAAGCUAUCGAAACAAUUUGCAUAAUGUCACAUUAAACACGUUUAACAGCCAUAUUUAGUUAAUGAAACACGGUCAUACGUAGGUAUGAUUAUUAUGAUGAUAAUAUCAAGCAUUCAUUAUGUACAAUUAAACGCUAAACUUAAAUUAUUUUAAAUACUUUAACGCUAAUGUAUUAUAUGCAGAAAUAAAAACAAAAACAUAUUUUUUAAUCUUCAAAUUGUUCUAGAAACACACACACACACUCAACAAAAGAGAAUUCUUUAAUUUAAAAUAAACACCAAGCCACUGAGCAUGGAAUCUGGCAUUGUUAAAACUCUUAACUGAAUAAAAAUAUAUUACUUAAAUGUUAUAAAAUGAAUGCAGGCAGAUUGGGAAGGAACAAAACUAAAAAGCGAAAAGGAAUUGCAUUUAAUUUAUGGUACAAAGUGGGCGCUCGCCCAACAUAAACCUAUUGCCGCACACUUUAUUUUAAAUUAAAGAAUUUUUAUUCAUUUUUGUUGGGAAAUCGAGUUGUUAUCAAUAUGUGCCUUAAAAACAAAUCGGCACUAAUCAAAAUAAUCUUAAAAAAAAAAGCUUAUAAUAAAUAAAAAUAAUAUAAAGAACAUUUUGAAAUUAUUCUGCACAUUGUGAGACUUUAUACUCAGAAACAAAACUAAAAUCAACCUAUAAUUAAUAUAAAACAUAAUGUAUAGUUCUUAUUGAUAAUAACGGCAAUCGUGCAAUCGUAGCAAUUCGAAAACCUUGCUUAUGAUGAGUUCAGCAUUGAUUUUAACAACAAGCAAAUAUAAUUCUCUCAAUGAUUGUGUAACUAAACAGAAAAGAACGUUUUAAAUCAUUUAGUUGUACGCUCAUUGCAUUAAUCAAAUCAAACGUUGUGUGUCCUAACAAAACACAUCUGAAACAAUGUUCAUUCAUCGCCAGCAUCUUUAUUUUUUAACUGCAUACGUUUGAGAAGGCAAUCAUUGUUUUAAUGUGAGAUAAUCCAUAUGUUCAAAACCUACAAAUAUCUAUUAAAUACGCACAAGUAAUUAAUUACAUUUGUGUAUGUAUGUACGAUUAUGUAUAACUUUUUGAAUAAAUAAAUGUUUAUAUAAAAA